AGCGCGUGCUGUCGCGUCCAGCCCCCCCAAUUUUGGGGUUGCAUGCUGCUCUUAAGGGCAUUCUUCCAUCGUCUUCGCCACGACAACGUCGUCUGCCUGUUGACGAUACUCGACCAACACCCUAAUUACGCUCCUUUCCAAGGUUAAUAAGCUUAAUUGGCUCGUCCUGCCACCCGAGCAGUCGAUAAUCUUGCUCUCUGUCCGGCCGCUUCCACCACCUCGGCUCACCACCACCGCCGACGACCUCUAGCCUCGAUUUCUAGCCUCGACGCAGACGGUCCUGACCCCGGACCCAAUUCACACCUAAAAAAAAAAAUGCCUUCCAAGGUCUCAAAAAAGUCCGUCGGUGGCAAGAGGCCAUCAGCCGCCGCCAGGAACAGCAACGUCAUGCCCGGAGACCCCGUCCCACAAAGAAAGGCCAGGCGAUACAGGCCCGGCACGCUCGCGCUCAAGGAGAUCCGCCGGUACCAGGGCAGCACCGACCUACUAAUGCGGAAGCUACCUUUCGCCCGGCUGGUCCGCGAGGUGGCCCUGUCGAUGCGCCCCGCCGACGAGGGCUUCCGCUGGCAGUCCAUGGCUAUCCUCGCCCUCCAGGAGGCCGCCGAGGCCUUCCUAGUCCACCUGUUCGAGGACACCAACCUGUGCGCCAUCCACGCCAAGCGCGUCACCAUCAUGCAGAAGGACAUCCAGCUCGCCAGGAGAAUCCGCGGCCAGUGGGGCGCCGGGGGCAGGAUUUAGGCUGCGAUUGUGCCUGGUCAUUUUUUAUUUUUUAUUUGCUUUUUGUCUUGGGAGCGUGGCGCAACAGGUGUUUAUCGCGUGUGCCCUGUUACUGGGUGCACAUGAUGGGUUGGUUUUUCUUUUUGGUGAUGGGAUAUUGGAUCUUUGUCGGAUGACCCAAUACACUGGACUUCUCCAGGUGCCGGAGCACAGUUAGUCCCCGCCCAACAUUUGUAUCAGUAGAUAGUGUAUAUAGACUAGGACAACACAAGCAUGUCUUUGUUCUCACCC